GCGAGCGUUACCGUGCGGCGUGUACAUUUAUCGCGCGUCUACGAAACCGUCAACUAGAACGACGAUACGCGGGAAGACGCGCGUGCGGUGGCUCCGUAAACCGUGACUCUUAACUUAACCGUACGAUUGGCCUGCGUUCCGUUUUCGACAACGAUAAAUUACACCAAGUAAUCGGUACAAGCUUAUCAAAAGUGACUUUGUGUCCGGGCACGAAUUUGAGAGAAGACAAACCAACUACUCCGAAUGCUCUUUUCUCAUUGUCUUCUGGACUUCGAGCGGAGAUAAGGGCGCAGCUCUGUCGAAAUGGUGUGACGCGAUUUCAGCAAUAACAAAUGAUCCGAAAGCAAGAUUUUCUGUCAAGCAGCGUUUUCUACUAAGACAAAUAGAAUGUGACGAUCCAGGCCGGGACCAGGAUUUACUUGAGAGGAAAAUAGCACCGACGUUACACAGACCGUGAUAUCGACGAGGAUACUACCGGCCGCGACAAACGCGGCGGGAUGGAGAGCCGAUAAAGAGCGAAAAUACGAGAAAAGCAUUCAUCCGUACAAUUGUUGGACGCGUGACGUCAAUGGACUGGAUAUUGAGCCGAUAAUCGGUGCGAUAACUGCACGCUACGUCGAUACAUUAUCAGAAGGCAGUAACGUACAAGGGGAAACGAGACGAGGACAGACAUCGCUGGAGAGCCGCGCGUCCGAGGAGCCCGACCGCCAACGUUGCGCGACGUAAUCUAAUCGGGACCGGCUGUCAGGCUGCCGUUAUGCGAGCUAUGCAGCCAUGAGCCGAACGUCCUUGAGCACGAGACCCGCACGACGGACGAAGCUAUUUCCCGCGCGAACAAUGACGAGUCUGUUGACGUUGCUAGUGCUCGCGACGACGUUUUCGAACGUACUAUCGGAAUCGGCGAUAAAUCCGGUAGGUAGCAUCGUCGGGUCGGGGUCAGGAGUUUCGUCCUCAUCCGGCUCCUCAUCCUCGUCGUCGUCGAUGAUCGGCGUAGUGUCCGACAGCUCCAGUCCUAGCGGCAACGGAGUUGGCGGUGUCGGAAACGGUAACGGCGUAGGUGGUGUCAGUGGUAGUGUCGGUGGCAGCCAUUCCGGUAUAAAUGGCGGUGGGCAUUCCGGCAUCGGGAGCGGCAACGGGAAGGGUCGAUGCGAGGAGAUCACAAUUCCCAUGUGCCGCGGUAUCGGCUACAAUCUCACCGCCAUGCCGAAUGAAUUGAAUCACGACUCGCAGGACGAGGCCGGAUUGGAGGUACACCAGUUUUGGCCGUUGGUCGAGAUAAAAUGCUCAUCGGACCUCAAGUUCUUCCUGUGCUCCAUGUACGCGCCGAUCUGCCUACCGGAAUAUACGAAACCGUUGCCAGCUUGUCGUAGCGUGUGCGAGCGAGCGCGAACGGGUUGCGCGCCUUUGAUGCAACAAUACGGCUUCUCGUGGCCGGAGAGAAUGGCAUGUGAACGUCUGCCAUAUCACGGCGACCCGGAACGCCUGUGCAUGGAACAGGAUAAUCACACCAGCACUAGCACAGGCCCCGGGGGUAACGGUGGCGCAGCGAGCAACGGAGUUCCAGGACCACCGGGCCCGCCAGCGCGGCCCACGCGGCCCAGCAAGACUUCGCAGCCAGCCCGCUGCAAGCCGGGCAAGAAUCAAAAAAACUGCCAGCACCCCCCGGGGGAGAGGACGAGGGACUGCGCGUGCAGAUGCAGGGCGCCCCUCGUGCCCCUGGGGGCGGGUGGCACGGGAAUGUCAGGACCGAUAAGCGCCGUCAGCGGCGGCGUCAUCGGGACCGGCAGCACCGGGGCCAACACGGGGGCUGGCCUGGCCGGCAUGACCGUAAGUGGGAUAAUGCCGGCGCCGGCACCACCAUCGAUGGGAGGUAUCGGCCAAAACAUCAUCCAGGAGAUCGCGGGGGUGCCGAACUGUGCCCUGCCGUGCCGCGGCGCGUUCCUCACCAACGAAGAGCGCGAGUUCGCGGCCGUAUGGCUGGCACUUUGGAGCGGCCUAUGCGCCGCCAGCACUCUCGUGACCGUAACCACGUUCUUAAUCGACACCCAGCGUUUCAAGUAUCCUGAGCGACCGAUCGUCUUCCUGUCAGCCUGCUACUUCGUCGUAUCCCUAGGGUACUUAUCGCGCAGCGUGAUCGGCCAUGAAGAAAUCGCCUGCGACGGUGCGGCUUUGAGAUCGGGCGCCCAGGGUCCGGGUGCCUGCGUCACCGUUUUCCUCCUGAUCUACUUCUUUGGCAUGGCUUCUUCAGUGUGGUGGGUGAUCCUGGCAUUCACGUGGUUCCUCGCAGCGGGUUUGAAGUGGGGCAACGAGGCGAUAGCAUCGUACUCGCAAUAUUUCCAUCUAGUGGCGUGGCUGGCCCCGACUGUGCAAACGGUUUGGGCGUACAUCGCGGGUGGCGUCGCCGGUGACCCGGUAGCAGGAGUUUGCACAGUCGCUCCCGAGGGAGUGCGCAAUUUCAUCCUGGCGCCUCUGUUUGUCUACCUUUUGCUGGGCACGACUUUUCUUCUGGCCGGUUUCGUCAGCCUCUUCCGAAUUCGAUCGGUGAUCAAACGUCAGCCCGGCGCCAAGGCGGACAAAUUGGAAAAACUAAUGAUACGUAUCGGCGUGUUCAGCGUACUCUAUACAUUACCGGCCGGCGUGGUGUUGGCAUGUCAUAUUUAUGAGUCGUCUUUGCGAGACGAGUGGCUCAGCUCGCUGGCAUGCCCCUGCCGACCACGGGCAAGACCACUCUACUCCAUUCUGAUGCUCAAGUACUUCAUGGCUCUCGCGGUUGGCAUUACCUCGGGAGUCUGGAUCUGGAGCGGCAAGACGGUCGAUUCCUGGAAGCGGCUAUGGAGGCGUUUGUUCGGCGGUGAUCGCGGUCACAUGGGCGCCGGUGCCGGGAUGGUAGCCGGCGUGACGGGCGUCGGCGGUAUCGGCAGCGUUGGCAUUAAGGGCGUCGUUGGUCGAGGGGUCGCGAUGCCGUACCCAUCGGCACCGGGUCCUGGCAGUGCCCUGCUGCCACCGGGAAGCGUCGCCAGUGCGUCCCAACAUCACCUGCACCAUCACGUCCUCAAACAACCGCCGCUUUCGCACGUAUGACGUCACCAGUCUGCGGGGGGCGAUAUGAACACCGCUGGAUGCGCCGAGCAGUCGCAAGAGAGACCUUCCGCCCUCAGCAAUUACGGGCCCAUCUAGCCCUUCGCCUCGGCCUCGCGAAGGUACAACGCGACGCCGCACACGGCGCCGCAUACGGCGCCGCACACGCCCCAUUCGGCGGCGACCAUCUACUCCAGGAGAUCGCUCGCGUCCACGACGGGGCCGCUGACGCCGGCACACGGGAUCGCGCCCUCCUACACGCAGGCUACGGAAGUGUGAAAGGAAUCGCGCGGUGGCGCCCACACGGAGAUUGAACGAUCUAGCGGCCCGACGUCGGUGUCAUCGGACGCAUCCUCCGUGCGAUGGACGACGAGCGGCCGCGGUGCUUCUCGAUUACCCGAUAUACGUAUUAGCCUGUACGUGUCUUCUCCCGCGGGAAUCUCAAGGAAUCCUCUCUCCGGCUCGGAUCAUCGACGAUUUCUUCGGCGUCUUCAUUUUGCAGGUCGAUUCAAAGAAACUGUUUUGCGAAAGGAUGAAUUCUGACGAUCGAUGAAACGAAGCGGUGCGUUUUGAUAUUAUCAGGGCAGGGAGGGUCGCUCGAGUGCCGCGGUAUAGUGAGAUUGUGAUUUAAAAGAAAUAUUCAAUGAGUGGUACGCAAUAAUGUAUGUGCGUGCAUAUACGAUAGCCGGUGAACGUUGCCGAUUGAUUUCUCUAUCUUUAUUCGUAUCUAUCUAUCUGUCUCUAAUCUUUCUUACAUUCUACGUAAGGCGGUGCUCGUAAAGUCCGCCACCGUGUCCGUCUAACGUGUAUCGUCUCGUCUAUUUAUCUAAUCUAGCCAUUAAAGAGCCAUGUUGGGGAUGCACACACAUGGAUGCGACGUGUGUACGCGAGAAGCGGCAGCCUGCUUUUCUUCCUUUCUCUCCUUUUCCCGGAAGAGAGAGAAAACUGCCACGGUGUUCUCGAUAUCGCGCGCUGAAAGAUAUCCCUGAGAGAGGGAGGAGGGGGGUAUCCCUCUUUUCUCGUACCAAUUCUUCGUCACUGCCACCCUUCGCGAUUGCGGGGUCGCGAAAUUUUGAAAGUAGUAUAUUCCAAACGAAAGCAGGCGACCGCUGCUCGCGAUAGACGCGCGAUGAAGGGAAAGCGAGUGUACAGGACAAAAGCGCUAAAGUAACGAACCAGGCAACUGUAAAUACUGUUCUUAGAUGUUAGUCGAUGCUGUAAAUAAAACGGUCGCCAGACUCGUUGUAGGUGUUAAGGCGCGAGGGAGACGAUCGCGCUUGUGGCGAGUGCUAUGUCGUUUUCCUUUCACGAGUAAUUAUUAGACAGAACUUGUCGCACUCGAUAUAAGCGGUAAAGUCUGCUAAUUGGUCCGCGUUAUGCAAUGUUGAACUGGAAUACGCCGCUUUCGCCAACUUUCCUCGAGAUUAAUAUUCAACUUGUGACGGUUCGUUGAAAGAUUUAAUCAGAUACACCCCUUUGUUUCAUUUAAUUAAUUAAAAUUCGUCAAGUUGUUUCUAACUUACUUAGAUAUCGAACCGUUAAGACUCGAUAAAUUUAAUCUCCGCUGAAUGAAAGUUCGAGAUAGGCUGAUGAGAUCUGGCACAUAUGUUAUUUUGUUGAAAUUUUAGUUUAUAAAUAUGUAAAUCUCAUCGAAUCAUAUACAUAUAAAAGUUAUAUAUUUUUUAGUUUAUGAUAAGUAAUAUAAUUUAUAAUUUCAGAUUGCACAACGUGAUUCGAAUUAUAAUCAAUCUAACAGAUUUUAAUCUGAUUUCACAAUGGUAGAAUCGAGCGUUAUUGUUGCCACGAGCGGACAAUCGUCGCGGAACUAGAUCCGUACGCGUCCACAGAAGAAUGCGUAAUAUAGAUAUAUUACAUAUAUAUAUAUAGGUCUGCCUCGCGAAGAUCACGCGUAAUUUAACACACGUUGGUGUACUAGUUCGAAUCUUUUUAUACCCUAAGUAAGAGCGAGUCGCACUCUCUCGUCGCGUUCGCGUUCAUCAAAUCGCAAUCCGUCGUGCGGAGUCGAUUAUAAUGGAGAGACGCGACGUUUUUUUUUAUUUUUACUAUACUUCGUGUGAUGGUCGGCUCCUUUGCGCACGUGUCGGCGAGGGGCGGUCGACGUGAUAGCGUAAGCACGUUAAAAGGGCGGCCGACCCUUUCUCGGGCGCGAAGGAGCGCGGAAGGAAAUCUACAUUCACCCCGAAGCAUAGUAAGUAGAGGAAAAUUAUGCACGCGCGCGUAUGUAAUUCUUAUGUAAAUCCCGAUGAUCUAGAAAUAGUCCCCGAGCGAGAUUACGCGCGGGAUACAGUGGAAGUAACAGCCCUUAAGUACGUAUUAUAAUACGCGUGACGACGUCAGUCACUAGCAAUAUCGUUAAUCCAGAACCUUUUAUAGUACCGGAAAACCCGAAAUCGUAGAGAGAAAGCCGGAAUCGGAGAAUUUUACAGCAUCUCGUAAGCGAACUACGAUCGGACGUAAUAAAAUUCAAUUAUAUAUGACACAAUUCGGGCAAAUUUUAGAUACUGUAAUUUAUUGACUCAGGGAGCCUGUUCAAGCCCUGUAAAAAUAUCAUAAGGCAAUAACACGAAAUUUGAUUUUGAGCUACAGAUGAAGAUGGGAAUAUAGAUAAACCGUAUGGCGUGACAAUCUUGGAUCACUGCCCGCUGUAUUUCUUUACGAGAUGUUGCGAGCGCAGAGCACAAGCAAAAGGACUGAAAAACGAAAACUGCCUCAUCCAGCUUAACGCGUUGACUGCCACGUCAUUCACAUGGGAAUGAUACUCUGUUUUACAACAAAUUCCGUGAUUGCCAAACGCAUUUUUCUUCUGUAAUUUACUCUUUUCUCAUAAAACAUCAUUGAACGACUUUUUAUGAAAAUUUGUAAAUUUGUAUUUUGUCAUUUGUAUUUGAAUGACGGUGCGCUUUCGAAAACAAGGAGUAUCAUUCGUACAUGAAUGACACGUAUGCCGUGGCGAUCAAUAUGUUAAAUGCGUUAACCGUCGUGUGUCCUUAGACGGUUUAGAAACCUUUGCCAAAACGGAACAUACACACGUAACGUUGUAAAUUAGUGGGAGUAAAGAUGUCUUACAAUUAGUGUCCACAUAUCACGCCAAUAACCGCGGAGGAGGGGAGGAAGCGAGCGAUAUCGCAUUCGCAUGAAGACGAAAGAAAGGGAGGAACAAAAAAAAAUUGUGAAUUUGAAGUGCAAAUGCCAGAAAUGCGAUUUCUUCCGCGGAUAUUUGAGAGUAUUCGAUGAGCUAUGUCUCGAGGAGUGGCGUAGAGAAACCGGUAAGAGGAGAUCUUUAUAAGUAUUUGUAUAAGCCACUUUUUGUCACACUAAUUGUUAAUAAAAAGGAGAAAUGUGUGUAUUACGAGUGUGUUGUUUCGAGAUCGGUGUAGAGAAUAGUUGCUCCGCUCAUUCUUCGCGACACCUUCUUUACUUUUUUUUGUCUAUGCGUUUUCUCUCAUUUAAUCAUUUACGUUCUGGAUGGCGCGACGAGUUUUACACGCGGUUGACGUCGGCCGCUCUGUACAAUUUUUACGUUGCCAUAGUAACCAUAGAUGUAAUCGACCGUCAUUGGUUGCAAAAAUAUAGAAAAUAUAAAAAUGUAUGGGUAUUUAUAUAUAUACGUAUAUAUAUGUAUGUAAAUAAAUAUAUAUAUAUAUUUACGUAUGUAUAUAUGUAUAUAUAUAUGUGUACGGCCGCGUGUACAUACAUUACGCGUGUAUAUCCAAAAUGUAUACGAUUUUUAAUACAUUUUAUUAUUAUUUAA